AUGACGUCGUCGUUAGCAGCAAUUCCAGAUCGGGGCCACCCCGCAGGCGACAGCCAACGCCAACAGACAUCAAUACCCACGAAUCAAUCGGCCAAGGGCAAAGAACAGGCGAAAUCAUCAAGGACAGGCAACCCAUCAUCAGGUGGAAAUGACCGUCAGCCAGUAUUCGACACGGACAGUCUGAACGAGCAGUCGCCGCUGCUCUCUCCCUCCUCCGGCUCGGGUGAAGACGAUGGCUUCAUCCGCGCCCAAGCGCUCGAUAACGGCGAGGAUGAGCACCAGGCGACUAAGAGUGUCUGGUAUCUCAUCCUCUUGACUAUUAGUAUCGGUGGCCUGCAGAUCGCAUGGUCGGUUGAGAUGUCCAAUGGCUCUCCUUACCUGCUCUCGCUCGGUCUGAGCAAGUCGUUGAUGGCACUGGUCUGGAUUGCCGGGCCGUUGUCGGGGACAUUGGUGCAACCAUAUGUUGGCAUGCUGAGCGACAAUUGUCGUCUGAGCUGGGGCAAGCGCAAGCCAUUCAUGCUCGGAGGGGCUGCUGCCACCAUCAUAUCGUUGAUGUUCCUUGCCUGGACCAAAGACAUCGUUGGGGGCUUCUUUGGCGUAUUCGGAGCAGACCCAGAGUCGGCAUUUGUGAAGAACUCCAUUAUCGUUAUUGCAGUUUUGUGGGUGUAUAUUUUGGACUUUGCAAUCAAUACAGAGGUUGCGAAUGCCAUGGCAAGCAGGUUUGUCGGUAUUGGAAACAUUGCAGGCUACCUCGCUGGCUAUACCGAUCUGCCCAGUGUGCUCUGGUUUUUGGGUGAUACCCAAUUCAAGGACCUUUGCGCCAUCGCGAGUAUUGCGCUGGGAGUGACGGUUGUCGCUACCUGCAUUUUUAUCCGCGAACGCGAUCCCCGACUCGAGGGGCCACCCAUCAAGGACAAGCCUGGCGUCCUCGCCUUCUUCAACAAGAUCUUCACCUCCAUUCAACGGCUACCGCCCCAGACCAGAAAAGUCUGCGAAGUCCAAUUCUGCGCAUGGAUUGGUUUCUUCCCUAUGCUCUUCUACACUUCGUCGUACAUUGGCGAGAUUUAUGCCGAACCAUAUCUCGAGGCCAACCCGAACAUGACCCCUGAGGAACUCGACAGGCUCUAUGAAGACGCCACUCGGGAGGGAACCUUUGCGUUGCUCAUCUUUGCGAUCACUAGUCUGGCAACGAAUGUGUUCCUCCCCUUCUUCAUUGCGCCAACAUACACAACUCAACCUGGCAGUGCUGUUGUCUCCCCUGACGAGGGCGGCCCCAGCUCGCUCAAGGAUUACGACGAGGAAAAGUCCUGGUUGGACUACCUCGUCAUCCCUGGAUUCACGCUUCGCCGCGCCUGGAUGCUUGCCCAGAUUCUUUUCACCUGCAGCAUGCUUUGCACUGUUUUCGUGCGGACCGUCACAGCAGCCACAGUACUCAUUGGCCUCGUCGGUAUCACCUGGGCUCUUACUCUCUGGGCACCAUGGGCUAUCAUCAGCGCCGAGAUUUCCCGCCGCGACGAAGACCGUCGCCAACAACGAGCGCAGAGGAUGCUCUCACCCACCCGCGGAAUGGACGGCUACAACUCCGACGAGGCCCGCGAGCUCGAAUCAGGGGAAGACGCCGAAGCCGCCGACCAGGCCGGUGUCAUCUUGGGGAUCCACAACAUGGCCAUUGCUGCCCCUCAGAUCAUCGCCACCUUGCUCAGCAGUGUGAUCUUCCAAAUUUUCCAAAAGCCCCGCGGCGAGCCGGGAGACCACAGUAUCGCGAUUGUGCUGGCAUUGGGUGGCAUCACGGUGCUGAUCUCGGCCUUCUUCAUCCACCGCAUCAGGGAUGAUCCGGAUGUCCCCGCGGAUAUCAUGAGCGCUGUCGAAGACGGCGACGCCCCUUCGCGGCCGGGCACAGCGCGCAGUAGGACGCGGAGCCAUGAGCAGCUUCCCAGGGCGAGCUUGGAGAGGGCGACGCUGGUGAGGAAUAAGAGCUUUGGUGGGAUGGAGUAUUAG